CGGCAGCGGCUCCCGGAAUUCGCAUUUACACUUGUUUGGUCCCGCUGCGAGCUCAUCGCAAGUUUGUGUUGAUCUCAUCGUCGUCAACGUCCUACACACCUCAAGACCGUCAAAAUGCCGCCGAAGAAAGUCAAGGCCCCCAAGGAAGAGAACACCGUUUCGCUCGGCCCCCAGGUUGCUGAGGGCGAGCUCGUCUUCGGUGUUGCUCACAUCUACGCCUCGUUCAACGACACCUUCGUUCACAUUACCGAUCUCUCGGGCAAGGAAACCAUCUCGCGUGUCACCGGUGGCAUGAAGGUCAAGGCUGACCGUGACGAGUCUUCCCCUUACGCUGCUAUGUUGGCUGCCCAAGACGUCGCCGUCCGCUGCCGUGAAGUUGGCAUCACCGCCCUCCACAUCAAGCUCCGUGCCACUGGCGGUACCGGUACCAAGACCCCUGGCCCCGGUGCUCAGAGUGCUCUCCGUGCUCUCGCCCGUGCCGGCAUGCGCAUCGGUCGCAUUGAGGAUGUCACCCCCAUCCCGACCGACUCUACCCGUCGCAAGGGUGGUCGCCGUGGUCGCCGUCUGUGAUCUCGUUACCAUUUGCCUUCUGGCGAUCCAAAAUGUUGCAUGCUCCCUCAUGUGUAUUGGCUCGUAGCACUCAAAUUGUAUGUCGCCGUUCGACGCGCAACAGGUGGUUUCCAUCUGCCCCGCGGUCGUUCAUCCUGCUUUUAUG